CACCCCCUUUGUUUCCAUGGUAACGGAACUUGAAGAGCCGACGUCUUGAAAGUCAAACAGAUUAGCUCAGUAGCUAAUCAUACAAUGACUAAUGUUUAGUCACUUUAAUGUAUCCUAACGUUAACUUUUGUUCCGUGAGAUUUUCGGAUUAUGUAGUUGUUCCUUAAGUAAAAGUUUGGCUUCAAAAACAUUGUAACGUUAAGGUUACUUUGAAAACGCGAAUUUAAGUUUAGCCUGAAUAUUUUAUUUUUGUAGGUUAGCUUGCUAGCUAGUUCUGAAAAAAGUGUUUGUUAAUAUUGAAUAGAAGAAAACAACACCGGCUUAGUAAUAUGGAUAAGACGGUUGUUUGCAGCAACAGCCGAAAUAGUAAGACACUAUUCCUUACUCCACAUGUCCAUAAGGACAGAUCUCAGUUUGCUGCUUGAUUGUCUGAAGUUUCAGAUGAAAUGUCCUGAUUUGCAGAAACAAGCUCUUCUCACCAUUCAUUCAAUUUGUGAAAAUAGAGAGGAUACCGUGGACAUGUUGAGAGAAAUGGGAGGCGUGGCAUUUGUGUAUAGCCUGUCCAAAUCCAGUAUCAUUCAUUCAGAUGUUAAGGAGACUGCACUCUUUACGCUUGGCACCAUAGCUGAGGCCAAUGUGUAUUGCAAGAAUUCUCUGUGUAGAAAGGAGACAUUUGCAGAGAUUGCUGGUUGGUUGAUGAAAGAAGACGUCCCGCUGACACAGAAGAGAGUGUCUGUCUAUUUGCUGUCUGUGUUGGUAGCCAACAACAAAUCAGGACAGACCUUAGCCCAAACCACUGGUUGCCUGGAUAUUCUGCUGGUCCUCUUCAGGACCACUUUCCCCCUCUCCACAGAGGCUACGUUGAGAGCUGCCAAUGCAACUCAAACCUACCAGCUUUGGGCAUCUGUGUCUAGUGCUCUUUGUGGAUGUGUCAACAACCCACAGAAUGAGGAGGGUCAGUGUAUUUGUGUGGCAGCCUUUCCCAUAAUAAAAACCUGGCUUCAGCAGAUUGCUUUGCCACGCACUGAGAUUUUUCAACCCAUAUGUUCCUUCAUAGCCAUGACAGUUGCCAACAACUCUUGUGUUCAGGAAAGUUUUUCUGCAUCAGGGAGUCUGGAUACUCUAACUCUUGCAUUGGUUCAUCAAGCCUCUACAGCAGAUACGAGCUUGUUGUCUUGCCAGCUUUCUGUUAUUAUAUCCAAGACCCUGUCAGCUUGCAUCACAGAUAAUCGUUCUCUGGCCUCAGGUCUGGCUCAGUAUGGUGUGGUGUUCCACCUUGUCUCCAUGCUGGCCAGCCCACACCUGGAAACUGAGGACAGGCUCGCUGUUUUACUCACCAUGGGCCACUGCACUGAGGCCUCAGAGGAGCAUCAGUCCCAAUUGGUGCAGGGUGGAGGCUUGCCUCUUAUCAUAACCCUACUCACAGAGGACACAAGUGAGGAGAUUAGGAAGGCUGCUACAUUCAUACUGCAGACCAGUAAGCAGGCCACCAUGUCCUUGAGAAUGCCUGGUUUGAUAGCAAGACAGAAGGAGGGUGAAAACUUUGAGCCCCUUACAAAUAUGGAAGGCUUCAGGGACUCUGCCAGAGAGCUGCUGCACAGGAAUGAUCUACCAGAGAAGAGACAGACAAAGGAGGAUAAGAGUGAGUGGAAAGAUACUGACCCAUCAGCUUCAAUUGAAGAACCAUCUGUAGAAGCAGGGGAUGACAGCAUCAUUAAAAUUCACACUGUUAGAAAUAUGACCAAGGAUGACAAUGACAAUGUACCGAGGAAUGUGAGCUCCAGUUUAAGUAUGCAAGAAGAGAAGGCUAAAACCAGUGGAGGGGAUGUGUGGUGCUCUGUGUGCAAGGGUACUGGAACCCUAAUGUCUUCCCAUCUGCAGUCACUAGAGGGAGGCAGAGAGCUUCUUACAGCAGACAAUCAAUUGUUUAAGCCCCCAGCGCCAGUGAAGCACAGUGUACCAAAAGCAAUCAAAUGUACUGAUGAAACAGGGUUGCAGUGCCGUGAGAUGCGUAAGGUGAGGAAAAUCCCAGUGGAGGAACACUCGCUCUCUCAUAUCCGGUGUGCAGGUUGUGUGUUGUCUUUCGAGGAGGUGACCAGUCGCAGUUUCACAUCUCUCCAAAGCUCCUGCCACCACAGCUGUGACAUGCACAAGGUUCUUCAGGAGGCCACAGAGAGGUUCAGGACUCGUCACUGGAACCUUCUGUUCAGGAGAGAGAACCAGGGCAACACUAUGGAGCAGGCAGCCCCAGGCUCUGUGACAGUUUCAGCAGCGGAGCCACACAGAGGCUAUAAAAACUGGAGUGAGGUAUGCCUGUCUCCUGUAUGUAAAGGAGCAUGGAAAGGCAAGAGCUCCCUGCCAGAGCACCAAUUGAAAAAGCACAAUGGCUUCACUUUGACCCCACUGCGCAGAGGAGCUAAGAAAGAUAUGUCGACGUCCUAUCACAUGGCCGAUCCAGGCUUGACUCCCCUAAAAAGGUCUCAUCUUCCUGAAGAGAGAAGAGGAGGGAAUAAUGGUGGACAUCGUGCUCUUGAUGGCGAGUCGAAGACUAGCACAGAUCACUUUUCCACUAGAAGGAAGAGGAAUGAUUUCAGCCGUGAGGAGGUGCAGUACCUUCUCAGCGGGGUGAAGACUUACGGUUUCUCCUGGAACUCCAUCUUGUGGUCUUACCCCUUCAAACCUGGACGCACCAAUGUCGGCCUGGCCAAGAAAUAUCGACAGCUAAUGAAAAGUAAUUCUGGUGCUGAGAUCCUGGGUCAACCCCUUGAAAAUGGCCCUCUGUAAAUAAGUUUUGACUUCUAAGGAUUAAAAGACCUUCACUCUCUUCAGUUCAAAACACAAAGAGGCAUUUAUUUCAUGUACGUAUAUAUUUUAUGCUAUUUAUAUUAAUUAUAUUUAUAUCUGCAUAUUGUCUUGAAAAUGUUUUUGCAGUAGUUUUUAGUGCUUUUUUUAGUAUAUUGGAUAUAGUAAUUUUUUUUUUAUUAAUUGUUGCUAACUCUUUCUUGCUGUUACAUAUUAAACCAGUGUUUGAGAGUCAUACAUUUUUCUGUCAGCAUCUUCUCUGUCAAGUACAUUUUAGAGUUGGAUUCAUGCAAACAGACUUUCAUAAACAUUUUAAAACUACAGAAACGGUUUACUACAUGAUCCUAGUGUGAAGUGUCACUUGAGACUAAAUAAGAAACCAUUGGUACCUUG